AUGCUGCUGAGCGCCGAGGCCCACGGCUGCCGUCCCGAUCAAAUACUCCAGAAUCAGGUUCCAGCCGAUGAAGAAGGCCACGAACUCCCCCACGGUGACGUAGCUAUUCAUCGUCUUCCCUCCUCCUCCUCCUCCUCCUCUCUCGCCUCUCCCUCCUCCUCUCUCUCCUCUCCCUCCUCCUCUUCCUCAUCUCCCUCCUCCUCCUUCUCCUCCUAUUCCUCCUCUUCCUCAUCUCCCUCCUCCUCCUCCUCUCCCUCCUCUUCCUCCCGGUCCCCUCUGUGCAGGAGCAGGAUGGAGGUUUGCUGCGUUUAG